AAUGGAAAAACAGAAGAAGGGUAAGUUCUCUUUGCAAGUAGAAAAUAGUGAUACUCAGGGGAAGUUAACCAUUCACCAGGUUGAGAACGAUGCCGAAAACAAGUCAAAUGUUUCCUCUAUGCAUGACUGGAUUACAGCUUGGAACAGGUAUGCAGCAAUAUAUUGUAUAAAAUAUCCUGAACAGCAGUCAAAAUUAGCCAAGCAUUUAGAGGCAGUGAGAGAUAUUGCUGAUGCCAAAGGUAAUUGGAAAAAUUACGAUGCAGAAUUUAGACAGCUUGUAUCUCAAGGACAAGUUGCAUGGGGUGAUGUUCACAUGGAAUUGUAUGUAAAUGCUAGACUCAAAACUGAUCUAUUGACAAAAGUACAGCAAUUCUUGGAACUGGCUACUUGGGCAGACAGACAUCCAGUAGAGAUACCUCCUCUUCCGCCUUUUCCAUCUUGAUUGGCGUUAAGGGAAAAUUACCAACCCUGGACAUUUCAAUGGCGAUAACCUUUUAAUUUCUGAUGCAUACAACAUUUGGUGACAAGUUUGAACAGCAAC